UUGUUUUAAGCUCCGCCUCCUCCUCACAAGAACUCACCUUCAGAACCAACAUAAUCCAUAAAUGGGAUUUGUUGUGGGGGAAUGUGGCCCAACAUCUUUGUUUGUUGCUUCCUAAAACCAUUGAAUACUGCUCGGAUGUGUACUUUAUAUUAAGGGGACCCUUUAGUUUGAAUGAAGACACUUUUUGCUCCCAGUGAGCAGACGUUAAAAAUCAAGUCUGAGCUUUAUUUUCAGUACUCAAACAAAUUUGAAACGUCUCUUAAACGGAAAGCGCUCGCUGGGAUUCUUAUCGUGGUCUCCAGGGAAAUACCUUGAGGUGAUUACACGGUGGUUUAAAACCAUAAAGUCCAGUUUUAUCAUGUGAAAGAACGUGGUGUCAUAAGCAGUCGGGAUCGGCCCGUCCUGUGAGGCAUUAACCACCCAGUGAAUGAUUGAAGGAGCCCGACUCUGCGAAUGCUCCUCAGACUUUGAUCGCCUUUCCUCUGUCCACCUGACGCCAGAGCACACGCAGGUGAGGUCCGUGUGAGUCCGUGUGAGUCCGUGUGUGUUGUUGUUGUCCUCUGAGGACACAAAGAAUGAUGGACAGAUGUUUUUUAGUCGCGAUGGCGAGGACGCCGGCGACCUUCCUGCUGCUCCUCCUCCUCGUCUCCUCCGGACUCCACGUCUCCUGCGCCUGUCCGGACUCCUGUACCUGCCGGGACCCCCCCUUGUUGAACUGCUCCUCCGCCGGCCUGACCUCGCCCCCCCGACCCAUCCGGGCCUCCGUCGCCCAGCUGGACCUGUCCCACAACCUCCUCCUGGCGGUGGCCUUCGACGGGCCGCGUCCGAACCUCCGGGACGUGUGGCUGGGGGACAACGGCAUCCAACGCCUGUCCCUCUGCGUGGGGGGAGGCACCGGACGGACCCGGAGGGGCCGGGGGUGCGAGUCCUGGGCCCCCGCCCUGCAGCUGCUGUCUGUGGAGAGGAACCGGCUGCAGCGGCUCCCCCAGGGGCUGGAGAGCAGCAGGUCCCUUAAGGUUCUGCAGCUUUCCUUCAACAGGAUCUCGGCUCUACGACCCGGAGACCUUCGUCAGCUCCGACAGCUGGAAGAGCUCCGCCUCGACCACAACCUCAUCUGGAGUCUCCAUCCACAGACCUUCCAGGGUUUGACCCAGCUCCGGGUCCUUGAUCUGAGCUUCAACAUGUUGACCAGCCUCCAGCCCUCCACCUACUUUUCUCUGCGUAGCAUGGGGGCGGAUGUGGCGUUAGGCGGGAACAGGUGGCGGUGCGACUGCAGCGCGCGAGGCCUGAGGAGACGGAUGGCCUACGACGGCAGCAGAGGCCUGCGGGCCUGGGGCCUGGUCUGCGCCUCCCCCGCCCUCCUCUCGGGCAGAGAUCUGCUGCAGCUGCAGGACAACGACCUGGACUGUUCCAGUGGCGGCGGCGGCGGCGGCGGGACUGAGCUCCACCGGGACGUGGCGGUCCACAGGGGCUCUGAGAUACUGCUGGCUUGUGCUGGACAAGAUUUGUCUUGGUGGAUCCCAGGCGGUGAAUCUUCUGUGAGUCACCCUCAGGGCGGGCUGCUCAUCAGCGACAUCAAGGAAACAGACACAGGACUGUAUGUGUGUGUGUCUGAAAAACUAGAAGUUGUGUCUGUGUUUAACCUUCAAAUCAGUGAAGUAGAAGGUGCAAGAAGAAAAGCACGAAGUUUACCCGGAAUCAGCGAACAGAUGACUGUGGACACCUCAGACCAAGGAAGGAAUCAGUUAACCAGAGCUACGCAGACCGAGUUGGAUCUGGCUGUGUGUUUGUCUGUUUUCAUCACGUUUGUGAUUGCCUUUAUCCUGGGAGUCCUAGCGAGACCUUGUGUUGAUGCUCUCCUGAGAAGGUUCGCCAAGAAGAAAAGCUCUUCUGCAACCACAUCUGUCUCAGCUGUGGAUCAAAGGCAAUAUGACAAUGAGGCCUACUGCCAUGGAGAGGAGCCAGAAUUCCUGGAACCUCACAGAGAGAGAAGGGUUACAUUCAGCACUAUAGACUACACAGAAGAAGGACAUGUGACAUAUUAUGACACCGUAAACGCUGGCCAUCAGGAACGUGUCAGUGACGCAGUGAUUGAAUGUGAACCGGCCGAGAGGGAUACGAACACAGCUGGAGGUUCAGGAACUAAAAUCAGUAUGCGAGAGAGUAGUGCAGAGGACAGCCAGAGGGACAUCUCACAUGAGAAAGAGUUUGAACACAUCCCAGAUUCUGUUGAGCGGAGAGGAAGCGUGUCCUCGCGCUCAGAUUCUUCACAGUCCGACAAAGUAAUCAACUCAACACCGACGUGUCGUCAGCGAGAAGAAGACUCUGUUCAGCAAAGGGCCGGUUCCUCAACAGCUGCUCAAGUAGAGGUGGCACACACUUCAUUAGAGGGCCCAAGUGGACUUCCUGGCUUUCCUACAGAGCCUUUUGCCGAUUGGUCCCCACAUGCAAAGAACACCAAUCUAUCAGACCCAGGUCCGUGGCAGGAGAACGAGGAACCAUUUGAAUUCAGCGAUUCUGCUCAAAGCACAUCCGCGAGGUCCAGCAGCGUGCGUGGCUCUUUCGAUGGUUCACAGCUGGUAUCAACCUUGAAUAAACAGAAGUCGGUUGAUUCGUCCAGCUCCAGCUCAAAUGUCUCAGAGGAUGAGCAUCCACGAUACACCGUGAACCAGGUGGAGGAGGAUUCAGAACGAAACCUCAGAAAGGAUGGUAACUUUGAACAGCUGACUCCGGAUGACGCCGCCAUCAGGUCUUCAGUACAACUUAAUCAGGGGGACUACAGAUAUGCAACACAAAGACCUGCAGUGAGAGCGAGGGAGUCCUUUUCCUCUCUUUCCAGUGACGGGGAAGAGCUCACAGUGAAAAAGGGGCGGGUACCCAGUUUGGUUGCUACCGGUCACGAUGAGAGUCUAAACACCAGCGAACCUUCGUCACCUGCAUGUCACAGAUCCUCUUCAAGCAGUGAGAGUGCGGCUAAACACAAACAUGACCUGAUAAAGCCCAUCAAGAGACGUGCACCACCGCCACCAACUUGUUCUCACUCUAGAGUUGAGGGGGAAGAUAAGACAAAGAACCACAUGCAGCAACAAGGCGAAAAGAGGCUUCCAAUUGGAGUAUCUCAAACAGGACAUCCUGACACAAAGUGGCCUGUUCUAGAUCUUGGGGCUACUACACGCAUCAAGAGGCGUCUAGAUAUCAAAGGACCAUCACCUGACUCAUCUUCUAGUGACAGUGAGGAUGAAACAACUCGCUACACAGAGAGGCCUGGAAAGAUGGAGACUGCAGGACCUCCAGUUCUAAUAUCUCAAACAGGAAGUCAUAAUCCAGACUCAAGGUGGCCUGUUCUAGAUCUUGAGCAUAUUCCUCACAUCAAGAGGCGUUUAGACGUCAAAAGACCAUCACCUGACUUAUCUUCUAGUAGUGACAAUGACCAAAUUAAGAAACAGUCGGAGGGAGAGACGUUCACAGCAAAGCUUCCCAGUAAAGUAUCUCAAACUGUAAGUUAUAACCAACAAACUAAGUGGCCUGUCCUGGACCUUGGGGCUACUACACGCAUCAAGAGGCGUCUAGAUUUUAAAGGACCAUCACCUGACUCAUCUUCCAGUGACAGUGAGGAUGAAACAACUCGCUACACAGAGAGGCCUGGAAAGAUGGAGACUGGGGGAUCUACACUUCAGGAAUCUUACACAAGACUUCAUGAUCCAGACACAAGCUGGCCUGUUCUUGAUCUUAGAUGUAUUCCUCGCAUCAAGAGGUGUCUAGAUAUCAAAGGACCAUCACCUGACUCAUCUUCUAGUGACAGUGAGGAUGAAACAACUCGCUACACAGAGAGGCCUGGGAAAGUGGAGCCUCUAGGACCUCCCGUUCUAGUAUCUCUAACUGAAAGUCAUAAUCCAGACUCAAGGUGGCCUGUUCUAGAUCUUGAGCAUAUUCCCCACAUCAAGAGGCGUUUAGACGUCAAAAAACCAUCACCUGACUUAUCUUCUAGUAGUGACAGUGAAGAUGAAGCAGCAGACCAAAUAAAGAUACAGGCCCAAGGAGAGAUGUUCACGGCAAAGCUUCCCAGUAAAGUAUCUCAAACUGUAAGUUAUGACCAACAAACCAAGUGGCCUGUCCUCGAUCUUGGGGCUACUACACGCAUCAAGAGGCGUCUAGAUAUCAAAGGGCCAUCACCUGACUCAUCUUCUAGUAGCGAGAGUGAGGAUGAAACAACUCGCUACACAGAGAGGCCUGGGAAAGUGGAGCCUCUAGGACCUCCCGUUCUAGUAUCUCUAACUGAAAGUCAUAAUCCAGACUCAAGGUGGCCUGUUCUAGAUCUUGAGCAUAUUCCUCACAUCAAGAGGCGUUUAGACGUCAAAGGACCAUCUCCUGAUCCGUCAACUAUUAGUGACAGUGAGGAUAUCACAACAGACCAAAUGAAGAUACAGCCGCAGAGGGAGAUGUUCACGGCAAAGCUUCCCAGUAAAGUAUCUCAAACUGUAAGUUAUGACCAACACACCAAGUGGCCUGUCCUCGAUCUUGGGGCUACUACACGCAUCAAGAGGCGUCUAGAUAUCAAAGGGCCAUCACCUGACUCAUCUUCUAGUAGCGAGAGUGAGGAUGAAACAACUCGCUACACAGAGAGGCCUGGGAAAGUGGAGCCUCUAGGACCUCCCGUUCUAGUAUCUCUAACUGAAAGUCAUAAUCCAGACUCAAGGUGGCCUGUUCUAGAUCUUGGGGCUACUACACGCAUCAAGAGGCGUCUAGAUAUCAAAGGACCAUCACCUGACUCAUCUUCUAGUGACAGUGAGGAUGAAACAACUCGCUACACAGAGAGGCCUGGAAAGAUGGAGACUGCAGGACCUCCCGUUCUAGUAUCUCAAACAGGAAGUCAUAAUCCAGACUCAAGGUGGCCUGUUCUAGAUCUUGAGCAUAUUCCUCACAUCAAGAGGCGUUUAGACAUCAAAAGACCAUCACCUGACUUAUCUUUCAGUAGUGACAGUGACCAAAUUAAGAAACAGCCGGAGGGAGAGACGUUCACAGCAAAGCUUCCCAGUAAAGUAUCUCAAACUGUAAGUUAUAACCAACAAACUAAGUGGCCUGUCCUGGAUCUUGGGGCUACUACACGCAUCAAGAGGCGUCUAGAUUUUAAAGGACCAUUGCCUGACUCAUCUUCUAGUAGUGGGAGCGAGGAUGAAACAACUUCCUACACAGAGAGGCCUGGGAAAGUGGAGAUUGCAGGACCUACAUUUCAGGAAUCUUACACAGAACGUCACGAUUCAGACACAAGGUGGCCUGUUCUUGAUCUUGAGGUUUCUCGGCGCAUCAAGAGACGUCUAGACAUCAAACCCUCAUCACCAACUCUUGAUUCAUUAUCAAGUAGGGGGAGUAUGAACCACAAAAUGAGUUCUCAACACUCAUCAAGCAGCUCAGAUGAGCAAGAGGGGAAUGUGAAGAAUGGAAGAUACCCUCACACAACAGUAGAUCCAGAUUUUAGAUGGCCUGACCUGGAACUCAGCAGUGCCUUCCACGUUAAAAGGCGCCUGGAUAUUAAGGCAUGUUCUCCACCCCCUGAGCCCUCUUCCAGCAGUGAUCAUGAGAGUGAAGCUCGGUCUACAAAUGUGGAGAAGCAGAGAACUGACGUAGGGAUUACAGGUUAUCAACCAGGACAAGGGUUGUCUGGCACAAAUGCGAGUGUCCCUCGUGUCAAAAAGCGUUUGAAUAUCAAAGGACCAUCUCAACCGAUGGAUUCUGGAUCAACCUCCUCUGGGGAGGAUGAGCACGCUAAAGGAUUGGAACCAUCGCCAAAGACCCAAGUGAUAGGCACGUCUCGCAGUCCAAAGACAGACCACAGUAUACAAUUAGAAAAUUAUAAAGUCAUUACAGAAGAAAUGGGGGACAUCAACGCAACACCGGAGAUAAACCCAGAACUCUGGUCACGUUGGGCAACCAUGAACCUGGGUGUCUCCCGCUUUAGAAAGCGCGUCGAAAUCACAGCAAAUACACGUGAACCACCAAGUCCGUCCUCAUUGGCUCCUCCUGGCUCUUCCAGCAUGGGGAGUGGGACUCGGAGUAAAAGCAGCAGAACACAAGAUAAUGGAAAGGGAUCUGGAGUGCAAGGGAUCACAUACAAAGAAUCAACUAUAAUCCCUAAAGACAAAGCAGAGAAGGUAUUUGUUGGUUUGAAAGGUCGAGGAGACAACUGUGGCGACGUAGUUGAGGUCACAGAAAAAUCAACAAAAGACGAUACCCGACCAACAACUGAGAGAAAACCAGAUACUUUGUUUACUGGUUUUGGUAUUCCGCAUGUUAAAAGAUACCUGGAUAUCAAGGUGAAUGAAAAGGUUCCACCAUUAGAGCAGCUUCCUGAUUCCUCUUCCAGCAGCAGUGAGAAUGAAGAUGCAUCAACUAAACCUGCAGGUGAAGGAUGGAGGAAGGAAGCGGGCCAGAAUCGUACUUCUUUGUACCCGAUCCAAGCUGUCAAACCGGGCCAAACUGAGUUGGGGCAGAGGGAGGACGAGGCAGAGCUCGAAAGAAAAACGGACUCGGAGCGGCCUCAGUGGAGUCUCGCCAACAUCCCCCGUGUCAGGAGGGCUUUGGAUAUCAGAGCACGGAGGGAAUCGAGAACGAGCGAGAACGAGAUGAUGAGCCGGAGUGUUCCUGAUCUGAGUCUCGGUGUCCCACGCGUCAAGAGGCGUCUGAAUGUCAAGGGGCCGCUGCCAUCUUCUUCCAGCGAGAGCGAAAGUGACUCCGCAUCAAACAUGUCGGCAAUGACAGAUAACGAUUCUCUAAUCACCUACAAGCGCGUAAUAAUGAAAACGUCGUCGCUGCCAGGUUGGUCUUCCUCCCAGAAUGGCGGGCGCGAGACUGAACGUGUUGCGCAAGAAGGCGCGUCGUUUGCCCCAAAGACAGUUCCCCGUCUUGCCUUUGACGACGUAGUGGACAGAAGGACCGGGCGGCCAAGGGGCGGUGCGGACGUACCAGCCGAGAUACGAUGGACGGGCAUCGGCCGCCACGUGCCCGACCUCUCCGUCCCGAGCCCGACAGGACGCUCAUCUCUCGUUUCGCGUGAUGUUUCUCUUUCACCCGCCAGAGGUUUCGAGAAGCUCGACGCACCCAGUGCCGGGAACGAAAGGAGGGGCCUCGGUGCCCUGAAGGCCAUGUCAUCGGAGAGACGCAUGUGGGACGCCACGGAGGAGAAUUUGUCCAAGGGUGCAGCUCCUCGGUGGAAUGACACCAGGUUCGAGCAUCGCAGCUCUGAGGGGGAGGUCAAGUCGUCAACUUCAACAGCACUAAAUAUGCUGUACGGCGUACCCCUAUACAGGAGGCACAACCUUGACGGUACCGGGCCGCCACGGGAAGCCCCUCCUCCCAUCCCCCCGACUCUGUCCCCACCAUAAGGCUCACGCUGGAGGUCUCCAGAGAGCAGGAAGUAAACACAGAUAUAAAACCGAUAUAAGACUCUGAUUCCUCAAAUGAGUGAGUGGCAUCAAAACACCUUCAAAACAAGCGAAUGACCGGCAUUGAUUUAUCUUGCGUCAUUGAAUGGCCCAAAUGCUAAUUACAUUCUAUUGUUCGAGUACCAUCUUGUGAUAAAAUGAAAAAAACAUUAUUUGUUAACUUUUAACGGCACUGUUUUAUCUUUCUGAUUCGCCUCACUUUUCUAAAUGAUUGGAUAAAAAAGAAUGUCCACCCUGUGAUUGAUUGUGUAAAACAAAUUCAUAUCAACUUAAUAGUGAUGUAUUAUUGAUAAGCUUUAAUAAAACCAUAUCUCUGUAGAAAUAAGUGCAUCUAGAAAAGGACUGGUACUUUGGAAAAACUCUUGAGAAACUUAAGAAGCCAAAUAAGAGCCAGUUAGUUAAUAAACCCUUUUAUUUAUGUAUAUAGACAUUAGGUUAUAGUGAAAACAGACAUAUAGACACUUACAUAGUUUUACAUACAUAUAUACAUUUGGGACAAGGGUGUUCGUCCUCCUGCAUCGCCAUGGGAGAAAUACUAAAACAUUGCUCUCUGCACAGUAUUUGGUAAGCAAUCGACCUCCAGAUGUGAUGCUGAGCUUUCAGUCACCACCAAAGAGGCAGUUUCAGCUGCAGUGGAUUUCAACGCGUUUCAUC